AGGAAAAUUGAGAAAUCGGAAGAAGGAAGCCAUUUUGUUUGCAGGCGUAUUGAAAUUUAUGUCUGCCACAAUAAACAGGAGACUGUUUUGAAGUUGUCAGCCCUGAUUCGAACCUAAAUUACAAUAAUUUGUGUGUGAUCAAAUUAUGUCCACAAUGAACCCCGACUAUGAUUACCUCUUCAAACUUUUGCUUAUCGGAGACUCUGGAGUGGGUAAAUCAUGCUUGCUUCUGCGUUUCGCUGAUGAUACAUAUACAGAAAGCUAUAUCAGUACUAUUGGUGUAGACUUUAAAAUUCGAACAAUAGAAUUAGAUGGGAAAACAAUUAAACUACAAAUUUGGGAUACUGCAGGACAAGAAAGGUUCAGAACAAUCACUUCCAGUUAUUAUAGAGGAGCUCAUGGCAUCAUUGUCGUUUAUGAUGUAACAGAUCAGGAGUCUUUCAAUAAUGUGAAGCAGUGGCUUCAAGAAAUUGACAGAUAUGCCAGUGAAAAUGUCAACAAGUUAUUAGUAGGAAAUAAGAGCGAUUUGACAACAAAAAAAGUUGUUGAUUUUACUACAGCCAAGGAAUAUGCAGACACAUUAGGUAUACCAUUCUUGGAAACCAGUGCUAAAAAUGCUACCAAUGUAGAACAAGCAUUUAUGACCAUGGCGGCAGAAAUUAAGAACAGAAUGGGCCCAAUGACAGCUGCAUCUGACAGUAAACCAAGUGUGAAGAUCAAUUCUAGCACUCCUGUGAAUGCAAAUAAAGGUGGCUGCUGUUAAUGAGUACCUUUUUUUAAAUUAUGUUUUUGGGGGCUUUUUAUGUUCAGAGCAAAUCUUCUCAAGAAAAUCUUUUUUUUUUUUUUUUUACUAAAUCAGGUUUUACCUGUCUUAUUUCAAUAUUUAAGCACUAAGCAGUUGCAACAUAUUCAAUACUAUUUUCUUUUUCAAAAAAACAGACAAAAGAAAAUUGAAUUAACAUCAAUUUUAUCUUAUUUUGUAGAUCAGCCUUAUUUUGUUGACAUAACACUUUUUGUUUAAACUUUGAAAUGGGACAGGUUUUACUUUUCUAGAAAAUGCUUAAAUCAGGUUUAGUUUUUCAUACUGUGUUGCCUUACUAUUUUUUUUGUUUUUUUUACCCCCUCCAAUUUUGUUUUGCCAAAAUGAACAUAUUGUUAAACAAUGUUGCUGUAGUAUGAGGCACACAGUUUUCCCCCCAAAAACAUUUCUUCUAAGAUAAAUUUAGUCAAAUUGAAGGUCACUGAUAUCAAGCAAUUAAAAGAUAACCUGAAAACUAAUAGGAAAAAAAAAUCUUUUCUGUACAUUCAUUAUGUAUUUUCUAAUUUAUGUUUGCAUGUUGCAAGUGUGUGUAUAUAACAAGUGAACAGGUAGCCAAUGUUGCCUAUAUGUUUAUCUACUAAGCAUUGUUCACUUGAUAUUCUGCACAGAGAAUGUCAGUGAAAAUAAUCCCAAUUCAAGGCCAUUAUUUUGUUUCAACAACAAUGUGUUCUGGUGUGGAGAUGAGAUUGUUUCUCAACAAGCAGAUGUUGUUACAACAUCAGUUAUUUAGAUCAAUGUGUGCUAGCAAAGUCUUUUCCCCCCCUGGAACUUGUGAUGGUUAUGUAACAAGAUUUUUUUUUUCAUUUAACCCUUCAUUGUUUGCAUUAUCUUAUUAAUCCAUACCAGAUUAUCAUUAGGAUCUAUUUAUGUCAUUGACAUACAACAUUAAUAUUUUAAAUUUCUGUUUACUAGUGAAUUCAUUGUUAAUGACUUUUUUUUUUUCUCACAUUUUUCUAUAUGUUUGGAUUUUUGUUUACAACUCUUACCCCCACUUUGAUAGAUGAUGUUCUAAAUAUUUGAACAUCAAGGCAGAGUAUGAUGUGAUAUUGAGGGUUGUUAGAACAUUAAGCUUUCAACCUCUUUUUUUUUUUUUCCUUUAAUGGGCCCUUAUUUUUUUUUUUCAUUUCAGUACUCAUUUUUUUUUUUUUUUUUUUGCAAUUAUGCAUAGCCUGUGGUCCAUGUUUGUGCUGGCAAUUGUAUGUGUGAGCAGCUGUGUGUGGUAGAGAUUUGCAUGCAACAUUUUUAUGUGCCAUGUGAUAGUGUUUUGUUUCUUUUUGUCCCAGUCACAGUGGUAGAAAUCAUGAAUGUCUGACAAGUUUCACCAUUAUUAUGAUUUGUUCGCUUUUGUCUAUCGGUUGAAACUAAAACUACAUUUUAUGAAGACAUUCCGAAAAAUUGAGCGUUUAAUUUGUGAAACUUAGUUGUAAGAUGUAAUUUUGUUUACAGUGGAAUAAGGUUCAUUGUACAAGUAGCUACAGUGCCCAGUUUGAUUUGUUAUUGAUCUAAUAUUUUGUGCAAUUGUCCUUUACUUGAAAGAAAAUUACCUAUUACUUUAAUAUAUGUACAUUUUAAAAUUCAGUUAAAAACCAUUUGAAUAUUAGUUAUACAGUCAGAUAUACAUGCAUAUCUAUAUAUACACAUACACAUUUUUGUUCCAAUUUGGGGCCUUUUUCAUUUGUAGUAGUAUAAAAAAAAGUUUUUUUGUUUUUUUUUUUAAUGCUUAAAAAAUUUCAGAUGUUUGCUAAUUGCAAACAUUGAGUAGGUUCAUGAAGUAAUUCCUAAAUUAGACUAAUGGUGUUGUGCAUGUUCCUUAUGUUUCCAGCGGAUGUUUUGUAUAUCUCCAACUCUUUGUUUUAUUGUGGGUUUUUAUGAUGAAACAUGUUUGGUUGUUCAUCUUCCGAGAAGCAUAAAACAAUUAACUGCACUGUAACAAUAUCAUUGAUGAAUAAAAAAAAAACAAAUAUCUGUAUAUAUCUAUAAAUAUAUUGAACUGCUUUGAACUGAUUGGUGUUUGAUGAGAGAAUGAAUGGGAUUUGUGUUUCAAUAAAUUGGAGAAAUGAA